AGUAUUCUAGUAAUUCAAACAAUUACAAUGUAGAUCGCUCUUGAUGCUUCCAUAUUCUUCGCCAACUAAGAAAAGAAUGAGCCUGUUUCUUUUUUUCUUUUCUGUCCUAAUCGUCCUCGUAGUUCGUCACGUAUCGGUCGAUAUUCUUGCUUCGUAUUCUUUCAAGAUUCUUCUUUUUUGCACUCAACGUAUCAGGUCGCAUUCUUUUUUUGUUUUGAAGUCCAGUCAAGAAUCUUUUCUAUCGAUUAAUGAAACGAUAAAAAGACUGUCGAAAGUUGAAUAACAAAUACUUAUCUUUUGUUUCUUAUAUCUAUAUAAAUCGUUUGCACAGGUUUCUUCGUUUAUUUUUAUAAAACAUUUUGUAUGGUUGACAUUCUAUACGAACAAAGUUAACUUUUAAAUAAAUAAUUUUAUUUUUUUUUAAAGUUUUGAUGAUUUGGAUAUGAAUUUCUGAUUUUAGUUUCUUUUUUUUUAUACUUGUAAUUCCAGUGAAAACUUCAACAAUAAAAUAGUGAUGCGUACAAAAUUAUAAUAGAUUUAUACUAUAAUUAUGAGAAUAGAAUACAAGAAUCUCAUGACAAAUUAUCUGAUGAAUUCAAAACACAAUACACUUUGAUGUUUACACCAUUUUGAAUCGAUAAAUUUAAAAAAAAAAUAUUUGUUAUUUGUUUCUACCACAUAAUGUUUCUGAUUUCGUGCUUUUAUCAGAAAAAUUUAUGUUAAACCCAAACGAUUUUUAGAUUAAUAACAAGAAGAAAUGUUUUUCAAACGAAAUACUGAACAAGGACAGGUCUAUUGAAAUUAGUCAAUAUUGUUUUCAUUAUAUUCUUUGAUUUUGAUGAUCAUUGUGAAAUCAAUAUAAAUACUUGUCAUGUAUGUUUGUCUUAUCGACUUCAUAAAUGUUUGACAAGUGGAAUGCAAAUUGAGAUGUUUUGGUCCUUUUAUUCGAGAAAAAAAAACAAAACAAGAAGAAAAAAAAUGAAAUAGUUAAUCCAACGGAAUCAACAUGUGUUCUUGCAUAUAGAUGUAAUCAACUUGGGUAGAUAAGACAGUGUUUAAUUGUUUUCAUUUAAAUAUGUGAUUACGAUCAGUUUAAGUGAAAAUCUUGUAACAAAAAUUGAUUUAUGAUGUUUUUUUUCAAUUGUUGUGAAAAUUUUCGAAAAAUCGAAAAGAAAUAUAAUUAUUUUUCAAAAUUUAAACCUUUCUUGCCGUUUGGUCCUUAUGGAGAUCAUUUUAUAAAAAUUUCGUUCUCUUGAACUAUGAGACAUUUAGAUAGAGAUUUUAUAUCAACUUAAAUUUUAUCUAUUAUAAACUUAAAAUAAACUAUCUCAAUCUAGUCUUUAUCAUAAAAAUAACUUUUUUUAAAUGCUCGCUGAAUACAUAACGUGAUGAUACGUAUUAUAAUUGAUAAGAAAGGCUUGUUUGUUGGAUUUGGUUCAAAAUUUUCCUAUAUAUAUUAAGGAUCACAAGAUUAAUAUUAUUGAGUGAAUUACCCUUCUGAGAACCGUCAAGUUUAGCCAAAGACAAGAAAGAGUUUAAUUUUAAACAAAAAGUUUGAGAUUUUUACAAAAGAUAGAUUUGAAGGAAACGAAUAAUAAAUGUUGGUAAACUCAGAAGAUACAUCUUGAGAUAAGACUUGAAACAUAAACGAAACACCUUAUGCAAAACAUGAUGAGUUUUAGAUAUUAAACCAAAUUUACUUAUGUAUUAUAUAUGCUUUUCCAUUUUUUUUUCUCUUGUAUAUUACAUAGAAAGUCUAAAUAUCUUCAAUUACAAAAAGUAUUGUUUCAUUUUGAGCAGAUUAGUUUACAUUAUUUUUAUUUCAGUUGAUUGUUUCGAGUAUACUCAUUCGGAUGAUAUUGAUGAGUUCGACGUAUAUGAGUUCCUUUAAAUGUGAUUAUCAUUCAUGUAAGUGUUCAAGAGCUUGUGUAUGAAAAUAAAAUCGUGUGAUGUCAUAAUCAAAAGAAAAAAUGUUCGACUAGGGUAAAUAUUUUCAUUUUAAAAAUACUAAGAAUACAAGAACUCAAAACAAAAAAAACUAAGUAUGUACUUCAUCUUCCUUGAAUAGCAAACUGGAAUAAAAACUUUUUUUACUAUUAAACAUAUCAUUUCUGAAAAAUAAUGGUCUUGUUUUUUCAAUACAAAUUAUUCUUUGAUAUAGAAAAAAUAUCACUCAAUCAAUGAAAAAAAUUGAACAGUACACCGAAAGAAAAUUAAAUCGACUUAUGAGAUGCAACUUUCAUUUUCAAGUUUAUUUUCAGUAAGUGAAAAGACUAUAUAAUGACCAGUGAAUGGAAGGCGAAUACUCAUAAGUCGAAACUUCUUUGAAUGAUGUUGCACUGGGAGAGGAAAGUACUUAUAGUUGUCAAAGAGAAGAUGAAAAGACGAUUGAAUAGAACGAAAUAGAAAUAUUACUAAAGAUGAAUGUAAAAGCAAUGAUGGGAUGAAAUAUUAAUAAUCAUUAAAAUAGCUAUAGGAAGUCUUAUGACUUGAUCUGGAGAAGAUUCAUAUGAUAGCAUCAAUCUCUUUUUUUGUCGAAAUUUUCACAAAUUAUUUGUUUUCUAUUUAUAUUUAGCUUUCAACUUUGAAUCUUUUACGAUCCGAUCAAUCAACAUUAACUAUCGAACAAUGGAAUCUUCUUUCAAAUCUAUCUCAUUGUUAUGAUGAAUAUAGUGGAGUAACAUUAGGUGAACGUUUCAUGAAUGAACAAAUGAGUUUACCUCCUAAGUUACGUCUCAAAAGUGAAGCACUAAACAGAUAUUUCAAUGACUCAAUGGAAGGUACUCAAUUAUUAUAUAAAAACAAUCAAGAUUUUCUUUCAUUAUCUGCUAAUAAUCGUUCUGUACUACUUAACAAUACAAUAAAAUAUAUAACAGAUCUUUCAACAAAUUUUAUUUAUCAUUUGAUUGGAUUAUUAAGUUAUCCUGCUUAUUAUAAUACUGUUGCACUUAUUACUCAUCCAUCUGUAGAACCUACUGCUAAAUGUUUAGCGAAUAUAAUUCAGUUUGAUAUAAUUGUAAUGAAAUUACUUCUUGCUAUUGUUUCUUUUUCAACUAUAAAUUAUACCACUUAUUCAAAUAUACCUCCAAUAAAUGUAUUAAAUAUCAAACAAGUUCUAGAUAUUCAAGAUAAAUAUAUUGAAUUAUUAUGGAGAUAUUUAUUAUACAAAUACAAUUAUGCACAAGUAGUUAUAUGUUGUUUUGAACUUAUCGGAUGUAUAUUUGCUGCCACCAAGUGCAUAUACAGAACAGAUUUUGUACAAUUAUUUAAAGAGAUAAUCAACGAUCUUAUUCUACAUACUGAACAAAGUCUUAAUCUUAAUGAUUAA